AUUUGAUCCAUUUGUAAAUAACAACACACAAAGAAAUCCAAUCACAUCAAUACAGACAACUGGUCAACUUUCAAUUGUGUAUAAUCGUUCAUAUAAAAUAGAGGAAAAAUAAACUAAAUAGACAGAGACAGCGGAACAUAUUUAUAAAACUCGGUACGAAAUAUAAACAAAAUAAGGGGCCGAAAUGUCAUUGUACAAAGCAAGAAUCAAAGAGUUCGAUGAAUUAUUGAAUGAAAAUGUGAUUGAUAUUCGAAAGUUGCGUAGACUCUGUUUCAAUGGAAUUCCCGAUUGCAAUGGCUAUAGAGCAUUAUGUUGGAAAAUCUUACUCGGCUACUUAGGAUUGAAAAAACAAGACUGGCCCAGUAUACUUCAGAAGAAGCGACAACUUUACAAGCAAUUCAUCACUGAAAUGGCAAUUCCACCGGGAAAUGACAGCUCCAUCUCAACUGAUCAUCCGUUGAGCGAUGGGCCGGAAAGUGCUUGGAGCACGUUUUUCAAAGAUAAUGAAUUUUUACUUCAGAUCGACAAGGAUGUUCGACGCUUGUGCCCAGACAUUUCAUUUUUUCAACAGGCAACCGAAUUCCCUUGCGAAGAAAUCGUACGAAGCAAUGGCAUCCGAAGAUUGCACACAAGAGUGACACCGUCAACGCUGAGCUCAGCCAAUGUCGAACGUAAAGGGCUAGGUCUAACAAAGAUAAAUCUCAUAACAAAAAGUUCGAACGAGAGCUACGAAGCGAUGGAAGAGGGAAGCGAAGCGCAUUGGGAGGUUGUUCAACGAAUUCUAUUUUUAUAUGCCAAAUUGAAUCCCGGUUUGGGCUAUGUUCAGGGUAUGAAUGAAAUUAUUGGUCCAAUUUAUUAUGUGCUAGCAUCCGAUCCAAACAUUGAAAAUAGGCAAUUUGCCGAAGCAGAUAGUUUCUUCUGUUUUACAGCGUUAAUGGGUGAAAUCAGAGACUUUUUCUUGAAGACAUUGGACGAAUCGGAAAGCGGUAUCAAGAAAAAAAUGGCUCAAUUGUCCGCAAUGUUGAAGGAGAAAGAUGCAGAAGUGUGGCAUCGACUUGAACAACAAAAUCUCUAUCCACAGUACUAUAGCUUUCGGUGGCUCACAUUGAUUCUGUCGCAGGAAUUUCCAUUGCCAGACGUUGUUCGUGUAUGGGACUCAAUAUUUUCCGAUGAAAAUCGAUUCGAUUUCUUAGUUCGAGUCUGCUGUGCGAUGAUAAUUUUGCUCCGAACACAAUUGCUGGAAAGUGAUUUUGCAACGAAUGUUAAGCUAUUGCAACAUUUUCCCGAGACCGAUAUUAAUGUGGUGCUUCAAAAAGCCGCUGUUCUUUAAGCACACCAAACAUUUCCAUGCACUGUCAUCUUGUGAAUCUCGCACCAUCAUUUUUAUCAACUGUACCGAGAUUAUUCCAUUUUAUAUCGCAUAUUUUUUUUCCCAUUUAGGUGCAUAAAAUGCCGUAUUUUAAAUACGAAUCCGUUGGUUAUUCCAACGAUAUCUUUCGAUCAAUCAGAAAAAUCGGAACAAAACAAAGGAUUUUUCCAUUUAUACCAAUAGAAAAAAGAAAUUGUCAAUUGUAAGCAAUAUACACGAUAUCAGAAUUAAUAAAAAAAAAGACUUUUUUAACUGAAGAAAAUUUGAAAAAAAUGAA